UCUGAUACUUUACGAACAUGCCGCUCACCAUAAGCGACUUCAGCUCAACAUGAGUUUUGCGCAAUGGAUUAAAAUAUUCGGAAACCACCGCAGAUAAAUUCCGCAAAGUAACAGUUCAGACUUCCGAUUAUUCGACUGGUUUUGUUUUCUAAAGUAGAAGUAAGAGGACCUUUGUACAUCAUGGCAAACGCUUGCAUUCAGUUCACGGGUCUUUCGAUGAGUUUUUUGGGUUGGAUCGGUCUAAUCAUUGCCACUGCCACUAAUGACUGGGUCGUCACCUGCAAAUAUAACAUGAACACCUGUAUGAAGAUGGAUGAACUGGAGGCAAAAGGUUUGUGGGCAAACUGCGUGAUCUCGACGGCGCUGUAUCACUGCAGCACACUUACUCAAAUUCUGGAAUUACCAGCUUACAUCCAGACGUCUCGAGCACUAAUGGUCACCGCAUCGAUCUUAGGACUGCCUGCUGUCGCGCUCGUGCUCAUGUCCAUGUCCUGUAUUAAUCUAGGCAGUGAACCAGAAAGCGCCAAGAAUAAGCGAUCAGUGCUCGGAGGAAUCCUAUUACUGAUCAUUGCUUUUUGUGGGAUCAUCUCCACUGUGUGGUUUCCCAUUGGAGCCCAUCAGGAGAGGGGCUUGAUGUCUUUCGGAUUCUCCCUUUAUACUGGCUGGGUUGGCACUGCACUCUGUUUGCUGGGUGGCUGUAUGAUCACCUGUUGUUCAGCCGACACCCCUGCUUCAUACACUGACAACAAUCGAUUGUACUACUCCAAACAGGGUCCCACCCAUCAAAGCACUGUCUCCACUAACCACGCCAAGAGCGCACACGUGUGAGCGUUGGGAAUACUUCAGCCGGCCAGACCUUAUGCAAUUUCGUCCGGCCCAUUCGAUUUUUGCUCUCUUUCCCUUUACUUUUGUGUUUCAUCCGUGUCUGUAUCUACAGUGGUGACACUGUGGAUUGUUAUCGUACAGCUGAACUCCAGGCCUUUGACUUGGCAUCAGUGUUACAUACAGUUAUAUGGGACAGGCGCUGGUGAAAGACCUGCUGUUAUCUGAGGACCAGUACUGAAGGACUUAUUUUCAUGGUUUUACUGAUUCAACACAAUAUAAUGUGUCCUAUUUUUGUAGUGAAAAUUUUGAAUUUUUGCAUUUUUAUAUGAGUACUAACAGUAUUUGACAAUGUUGUUUUUCUUUUUGUACAGCUAUAUAAAAACUUGAUUAAUUUCAGAACACUGUUUGUGUCACGAACACACAGUGAAGUUAAGUUGGGAAAUGAAUAAUAGCUGGCCAAAUGUACCUAGACCAAAAUUGGACCAAAGCAGUAACUGAGA